GACGGUGAUGAAAACUUCUUCUUUCUUAGGAAAAGUCAAGGAGAAACUCCGCGUAUUGUCCUUCUUCUCCAAAACUGCAAAACCCCAACAAUUCAACGUAGUCCAAACCAAUAUUUCCAUUAGGAAAGAAUGUCUAAAGGGUCAUUUAGAUACUGCUCGGGCCCUGUUCGAUGAAAUGCCGUAUAGAACAUUUGUGUCCUGGAACACUAUGAUAUCUGGCUAUUCGAAGUGGGGAAGAUAUGAUGAUGCCUUAUCUUUGGUCUCAGUCAUGCAUCGCAGCAAUAUAAGACUAGAUGAGACCACCUUUUCAACGACUCUCAGUGCCUGUGCGCGUUCCCGGUCGCUGGAUGACGGAAAGGUUGCUCAUUGUUUGAUUUUGAAAUCUGGGUUUGAGAGUUUUGAGCUUGUAGGAAGUGCAUUGUUGUACUUUUAUUCUACUUCCUUUCAGAUUGAGAAUGCUAAGCGGGUCUUUGAUGAGCUGUAUGCUGGGAAUGAUGUGUUGUGGACUUUGAUGCUUGUGGGUUACGUGCAAUGUAAUUUGUUGAGUGAUGCGAUGGAUGUGUUUGUGAAAAUGCCGAAACGGGAUGUUGUGGCCUGGACUACGUUGAUUUCAGGCUAUUCAAAGAGUGGUUUUGGUGGGUGUGAGAAAGCUUUGGAAUUGUUUAGGUGGAUGAGGAGGGAUGGGGAGGUGAUGCCUAAUGAAUUUACUUUUGACUCUGUCAUUAGGGUUUGUGGGAGUUUGGGAGUUUUGAGUGAAGGGAAGAUGGUACAUGGUCUUGUUAUUAAAUUCGGGUUUGAGUUUGAUCACUCAAUCGGUGGUGCAUUAAUUGAAUUUUAUUGUCAUUGUGAAGCUAUUGAUUGUGCCAAGAGAGUUUAUGAAAGUAUAGGAAAUCCAUGUUUGAACGCUUCUAAUUCGCUUAUUGCAGGUCUUGUAUCCUCAGAUAAAAUUAAAGAUGCAGAAAUGGUUUUUCAUAGACUGAAAGAAAAGGAUCCAGUUUCUUACAAUUUGAUGAUUAAAGGGUUUGCAAUUAGUGGUCAGGUUGAGGAAUCAAAGAAACUGUUUUUGAAAAUGCCACACAGAACUAUCAUUUCUUCCAAUAUUAUGAUUUCCGUGUAUUCCAGAAACGGUGAAAUUGAUAAGGCUUUGAAUCUUUUUGAAGAAACUAAAGGGGAAAGAAAUCCUGUGACAUGGAACUCGAUGAUUUCAGGUUAUGCUCAAAAUCAUCAGCUUGAGGAGGCUUUGAAACUAUAUUUAACAAUGCACAGAUUAUCAAUAGACCGUACAAGGUCCACAUUUUCUGCUCUAUUUUAUGUAUGUUCAUGCCUUGGGUCUCUUCAACUAGGUCAAUCACUCCAUGCCCAGUUGACUAAAACAGCAUUUGAAUCAAACGUUUACGUUGGUACGUCCCUCAUAGAUAUGUACUCGAAAUGUGGGAGCAUCACUGAUGCAAGGACAGCGUUUUUAUGCAUAUCUUCACCCAAUGUGGCAGCUUGGACAGCUCUUAUUUAUGGAUAUGCACAUCAUGGGCUUGGAUCUGUAGCACUCUUACUCUUUGAGCAUAUGUUACAGCAAGGCAUCUCACCUAAUGGGGCAACUUUUGUUGGCAUUUUGUGUGCUUGUACUCGUGCUGGUCUAGUUGAUGAAGGGAUGAGAAUUUUCCGCUCAAUGGAAAAAUGCUACAAAGUGAAACCAACUUUGGAACACUAUGCAUGUGUAGUAGAUCUUCUUGGUCGGUCAGGCCGGUUACAGGAAGCUGUAGAGUUUAUCAGAGUAAUGCCUAUUGAAGCAGAUGAGGUUAUUUGGAUCGCUUUGCUAAAUGCUUGUUGGUUCUGGAAGGACAUGAAACUUGGAGAAAGAGUAGCAGAGAAGAUAUUUAGUUUAAAUCCUAAGCCAGUAUCUGCAUAUGUAAUUUUGUCUAACAUAUAUGCUGUACUUGGGAAGUGGAGUGAGAAGAUGGAAGCGAGGAAGAGACUGAGAGACCUGGAAGUGAAAAAGGGUCCUGGGCGUAGUUGGAUUGAGCUUAACAACAGAGUGCAUGUAUUCUCAGUUGGAGAUAGAACUCAUCCUCAUUGUAGCAUGAUAGAUGCAACUUUGGAGCAACUAACUGCAAAUAUUAACUCUAUUAUCCAAUCUGAUUGUGUUUCUAUGCCAAUAAUGGAUGCUCAUUCUAAUAUUAUCUUAUCAUAACCUCAUUGACCAUGUUUUAUUAGCUGUCUAUCUAUUUC